AUGGGCUCGUUCAGGGCGGAGUCGGCUGCUUGGUGGCGGCAGGGUAAUAUCGACGGCCAUGGCCUCGCCUUUCGGCAGUCGACUUCUCCCGCUGCCAUGCCUACUUUCUGGGUAUCCAUCCUGCCGCGUCACCCUCGGCCCGACCAAGUCGGAUGUAUCAUUCACACGCUGGAUCAAUCCCAAAAGGGGAGGAGGGUGGUGGGGAUGGGACACCUGGACGAUGCCGCCUAA